AUGUUUUCUCGGCGCAUUUGUUCGUUUGCACGUCUUUUAGUCUCCCUUUUCCUGUGCGUUUCAUUCGCAUCUUUUGCAAGUGCGGCAGAAGCGAACGAAAAGUGCAAUUCCGAAAAGCAGAAAGAAACAAUCGACAGAGCGAUACGAUCGCACGGUUACGUCAACACCAACGAAAACGAAUACGCGAGAGUGAUUUCGUUGGCGAGGAAAGAGCAACACUCGAUGUAUGCAUUUGAAUCGCGAUGCGGGUGCGCAAGCGAGGAGGAUAUUAGGAAAGAUUUAGGCAUGAACGAGACGGGAAGAGGAGCGCUGGACGAGGAGGAAACGGAGUCAUCGGAUAAAGAGCGACAUUUCGCGUGUCACGAGUUUCUGGGAAAAUACGGCAACUACGUCGCGUGGAGGAACCGCGUGCUGUCGAACGACGCAAAGUACGAGCAGGAGCGCAAAGAGGCGAAGUAUUUGGUCGUCAAAACGGCGUGGUUUGGACUCGGCUUAGGCCACAUGGGGAGUACCGUCGCCGAGUGGUUGGCGUUUGCGAUGCAAGUGAAACGAGUUUUGUUCAUCGAGGAGUUGGCGGAUUGGAACGUUCUGGAGUACUUCGAGGGACAUUUAGGAAUGGAUUUGAGAUACAGAGAUGCGGAGGAAAAGAUGAUGAGAGAACGCGUGGGUGGUAAAGAGAAGGAGGCGAUUUUGGCGUUGGGCGCGCUCGGCGCUGACGAGAGUACGUGUAGGAAAGGGCACUGUCGAGCGCGGUCGUUUGCGGAAGCGAAGACGUGCAGAGAAUAUAAAGAAGGGGAUGGUGCGAAACCAGAGUAUUGCGACGGGGAAAAAAUAGCAUGCGAAUCCGCAGAUGUCGCCGGUUGGCAGUGUGAACCGUGCUUGCAAUGCGCGUCGGAUUUGUUGCAAAACGCAAAGUGGGUGACGAUUCGCUCGGACGCUGGUAUUAAACCACCGAGUUUGAUUAGCGAUCCAGAUUUGAAGAACGAAGUGUUGAGACAAUUUAUAUGGCAGAGUGGGAAUUCAAAUAAGCGCGACGAAGAUUGGGACGUUUUUAAAGCGCUGACGAAAACGGUCGAUAAAAGUCGUUCUCAAGAUAACGACGCGUAUUUUCCAGCCACGGUCGCUCAACAUCCAUGUUUACGAUGCGCGUUUUUCGCAUUGAUGCGUCCGAGAGCAGAACUAGCGGAGGCGUGGGGUGCCGUGUUAGGCUCUAAAGCGGCAGAUUCGAAUCGGUUACAGUGUUUAAAAGUCCGCACGGGUUACCCAGAAAGUUCCACGUGCUUCCCAGACGACACGCCGAAAUCGGACGUAUGCGUGGAACAAAUUUUCUCGCACCCGACAUGUUCGGUUUCCUACCAGUUCCACACGGCGGUUCGUUUAGUGUCGCGGACUGAUCGAGAGCGACACGUGACCAUUAAGGAAGCGCUAAAUUGCUUGGCAUCUCAAAAAGACGCCUUCAUUCAUGUUGCCACGGACGCCCCGGUUGUCGCCGACUACGUCUCUCUUUUCUCCCCUCGAAACCACGCGAACGUGUUCAUCUUGCCAGGUAGAGGUGUCGACUUGAAUAACGGCUAUCGCGAUACCCAAGAAAACUCUUUUCAAAAUAAAAUGAAAGUGGCGUUGGAUUUUUACGUUCAAGGUUGGUGCGAUGAUACUUUGAUGUUAUCUCCGAGCGAGUAUUACGUCUCCGCGGGGAUGCGUACGAUGGUGCCGAACAAGUUCACCAACGACGACCACCAUCCGUCGUUGUGCGAGGAAGUUUUUGGGUUCAAUACGACGUAUAACACUAAAGAAGCCAACUCGUGGUCGCACGCGCCUACUUGGCAAGAGAAAGGAUUAGAGGCGAGGUCGAAAGCGAAAAAUCUAGAAUGUUAUUCGGGCACGACGGAGGAACCGAAUCCGGAAGUUAAAAACAUCGGGAAGAUUUCCGUUGGAGCGAAAUCCGACGACGAGCUAAAAAAAAGUGUGGAGGAGGUUUCAGUCGCGAAACAAUUGAAAACAGGGGAGGUUGACGGAAAGGCUUCUAGAAAUGAAGGUGAAUCAUCGAAGAUUGUGGAAAUUGACGCCUCGACUGGCGAGGAAAUUCUUUCCAGAGGGGCGAAAAUGGAAGACAUCGACCCAGAUUCCACGCUCAAAAAUAACGAAAUGUUGAAACCACCUGAGGACGCCGAGCAACGAGAGCAACACCAAACGCUAACUGAGGAGGAAAUCGCGGAAAAGAAAUGGCACAAAGACGCGCACGACGCGGUCAUGGCGACCAUCAAUACCCACGCGCAAAAGAGCAAAGAACACCAGGAAAGAAAACAAAAAAUAGUCGAUGAAGAAUCGAAAGCGCGAGAGCGGCGCUUGGAAGAACGAGCACACAGACAUGAAAGAGAGCGACAGCGCGAACGCGAACAUCCUUUGAAUAAGGCAUACGAGAUGAGGCGCUCCAAACGCGACGAGGCUAGGAAACGAAUCAACGAUAUCGCCGCGCAAUACGACCGAGUACUCGAAGUUGAAGAAAAACGCCAAGUCGCCAAAGAUAUGAUGCUCAUCCACGCCAGCGAAAAGAAAGACGGCGAGGGAGGAGGAGAAGGAGAAAACGAAGAAACAGAAAUCGACGGCGAGUUAUCGAAAAUCGAACGCAACGAAGACCGCGAAAACGAACUCGAGAAAAUAUCCGAACUCGAAAAGAUGCCGCUCGUGUUGGAGCCGCCGAACGUCCUCGUCGACCUCCCGAGCGCGAGCAGCGCGAGACGGAGCGGCAACUUCUUCAACUUCUUCUCGUCCUCGCCGGAUAAAAACGAGGACGACGGCAAAAACAACUACGCCUUCGGUACCUUCCUUUCUUUCGUGUUCGUGAUACUCGUCUUCGUCGUCUUCGCGGUCGUGAGAAGACGAAGGAGGAAGAAAAUUUUACUCGCCGCCAAUCGAGCGUACGCGGAAGGCAGAAGUUUCAUAGUUUGA